AUGAAGCGCGCAGCCAAUCCGACGCACGACACGCCGCCGGAGAAGCUUCCGAGGGUCGGCCGCGGCCUUGGCACCGUGCUGUGGUACAACGGCCGGCGUCAGCGAGGACUGGUGCUGUGCGAUGAUGGUGAGGAGAUGGUGAUUCCUAGUGGUGGAGCAGUGAAUCGGAACAUGGUUCCCUUGACGCCCUCGGGGCUCAUGCACGGUACCCGCGUCCAUCUGCUUCCCACGCUGCGCAAUGGGACCUUCACGGCGUUGUCGGUGCGUCCGGCAGAGCCGGCCACGCAGCAGGGACUCACGGUGGGCGUGGAUAACCAGGUGAAUUACCGAGGCGAUGAUCGGAGCGAGCUGUGCGCUGCAGACGUGUUGGAUAUCGGUUUUCUCAUCGGUAUCCUGGAUGGCCACUGUGGCGGCCAAUGUGCCUCUCAUGUGGCCAACUCCUUUCCAAAGAUUCUCCACGAUGUUUACAGUUUCGAGCUGGGUCAAACUCGAGGCCUCGAAACUCUCAGCAUGGCGCGCGAGACCGAGCUGCUCCGCGACGUGCUACGCUCCGCCUGCCGCGCAGCGGAGCGAGAUCUGAUGCAGACCGCGUCCAAGGGACACUGGACCGAUGGGACCUCCGCAACCUUCGCCCUGCUGGCCCACGGUUUCGACGAUUCGACCGUUCCCACGGUGCCGCAGACGCAAGGGGUGGCGAAGAUUUUUCUGGCCUGGUGCGGCGACACCCGCGCUCUGCUGCUGCACGGAAAGAAGGUGGUGCCAUUGUCUGAAGAUCACGUGCCCAAGAGGAAGGACGAGUACAAUCGCGUAAAGGCCGCAGGAGGCAAAGUCCUCGACUUCGAAGGGCAGCUGAAGGUUGGUCGCAGAGACAAGUACAAGGAGAAGAAAUCCUCAGGCGCCUGGAAAGACCUGGUGUGGCUGGACACCACGCGCUCCUUCGGUGAUAUUCGCCUGAAGGCUCCGCACAACAUCGUGAUCUGCGAACCCGACGUCUUGGUGCGGACAUUAGCGCCCGAAGACUGGGCGCUGGUGAUGGUCUGCAGCAAGGUCACAGCAAAGAUGAGCAAUCAGGACAUUGGAGAUCUGUGCAAGGACUACUUCUCCCAAGGAAAAGAUGCUGUGGCCGUGAGCCAAGCCUUGAGUUUUGCGGCGAGGAAGCGGGGUGCCACUGGCAAUCUGACCAGCGUGGUCAUGCGCUUUGGCUGGGCACCUUUCAAGCCCGAGUUCCUGCAGACGGGAUCCCGUCGUUCCAAACAUGCAGCGCAAUGA